GUGUGGGGGGGGAUGAGGAUGAGGAUGAGGAUGGAGGGCGGGGAGGAGAUGCAGGGCGCCGUAGGGCUGCGCUGCACCUGGGGCGUCCCACCGCGUGCGGGCACCCAGGCCAAGUGGGUGAGGCUCAACGUGGGGGGCACCGUCUUCCUCACCACCCGGCAGACCCUGUGUCGGGAGCAGAAAUCUUUCCUGUGUCGCUUGUGCCAGGGUGAGGAUCUGCAGUCGGACCGGGAUGAAACUGGUGCAUACUUAAUAGACCGUGACCCCACUUACUUUGGACCCAUCCUGAAUUUCCUCCGCCACGGGAAGCUGGUUCUGGAUAAAGAUAUGGCUGAAGAGGGGGUCUUAGAAGAAGCUGAGUUCUAUAACAUUGGUCCUUUAAUCCGAAUAAUCAAAGAUCGACUGGAGGAGAAGAACUACACAGUAACUCAGGUGCCUCCUAAGCAUGUCUACCGUGUGCUACAGUGCCAAGAAGAAGAGCUCACUCAGAUGGUUUCCACUAUGUCGGAUGGAUGGCGCUUUGAGCAGCUUGUGAACAUUGGGUCAUCAUACAACUAUGGGAACGAGGAUCAGACAGAAUUCCUAUGUGUGGUCUCCAAAGAGUUGUACAACUCCCCCAGUGGCCUGAGCUCUGAGCCCAGCCGCAAAGCUAAGCACUAUCAUCUGCAUCCCACUCCACCCUGCACCCCAGCCUCCAGCAUUCUUCCCUCUGCCCUCUUUGCACCCCAGGGCUCAGAGUGGUCCCUGCCUGGAGCCAUGUCUCUCUUUGCUCCUCACUUUUCCUCCUCUGCAGCUGUUACAAGCCAAAGGUUUGAGGAUGUGAUCCUGACAUUCCACUCCAGCCUUUUAAUUUCUGAUUUACAUCUUUAUUUUUAUGCUGCAGUGCACGGAACCCCCUUGCCCUGCAGUGACACUCCCCAGAACUCUUCACAGGCAGAAAUUCUUUUUCACAAACUCCCCUCGGAGGCCUGAGCCUCUGCCCUGGAGGAAGGCAGAUGCUCCAAGGAGCCCCUGGGCUACUGUAGAAGCUGAAGCCCACAGCCCCCUCCCAUGCCUAGCAGUCUGGCUUUCCUUAAUGUCACAGUGGCCCCUGCUGGGGACAUCGGUGAUCUGCCACUGCAGCCUGCUGUUCUUUCCUGAACACCCUGGAUGCAACCUAGGUGAUGGCAGGGACCAGUCCUGGCCCUUUUUGCUGUUGUAGGCAGCUGGUCUGGGCUUGUGGCCAGAGGGCAAGUGCAGAGCCACUGUCCUUUUCUGGGCCAUCUGCACUGUUCCUGGGGUGUCCCUGUGCUGGGCAUCACACUCCUUGGUGCCUCCCUCCCUGUCCCCCAGUGCAGCCCUGUGUCAGCAGGGUGAGGAGGAGACUGGCAUGCUGCCCGGGUACCGGGAACACGCUGGCACUUGAUGUCGUGUCUGCUUAGCAUGAGGAGAUCCCUGACUUGGAGAGUGGGGUGUUUGCUUCACUGCUCUGUCUGAGGACACUGAGUUGUAACUCCUGAAUAAAAUUCACAGUCUGUUCUUCCUUGCUGCCUCUCAUUUCAAGUGACAGAAAUUUGGUGCUGGUAGAAGAGAGUAGGAGCUGGGGAAGGGGAGUUUGAAUUUGUCACCUGGAGCCAACAGAAGCUGCUUGUGCUAUGCCUGUCUUCCAGCAGCAUCUGUGCUGCAUCCCCAUUGCUGGGCUACAGAACAGGUUUGAUUGUUGGUAUCUGCACCCCUA